AUGCAUGUACAUGUUUAUCUAUCUGUAUUUUCAUAUCCUUCACUACCAAAAACUAGAUCAGCAGAUGAAUCGGCUUACUUUCCAUUAGAAACCAUUCUUCUCGACUGUGGUUCUUCGGCCUUGCGAGCUUUAUCUUACGAUGGCUGGAAUUGGACCAACGACAGCUCACAUUUUGGGGCAUCUAACUCCGAAAGUAGCUUCGCCAUGUCUAGAGCCUCUUCAGAAGAGACCUCAGUGCCUGACGUUCCUUACAUGAUUGCUAGACUCUUCCACUCCAUGUUUAUUUACACCUUCAAUGUGACCCCAGGUUCGAAAUUCAUUUUUCACUUCUAUCCCGAUUCUUACAUGAACGUCCAUGCCUCAAAGUCUUUUCUCACAGUCACUGCUGGAAACUAUACUCUCUUAAGAAACUUUAAUGCCUACCUCAAUGGCAAGCACAUCAAAUCAGCAUACUUUUUCAAAGAGUUCAUCGUUCACGUAGAAAAUCAUACACUAGACUUAACAUUUAGCCCUACUACAAAUGCUUCCGGUGGUUAUGCUUUUGUGAACGGGAUUGAAAUUGUUUCGAUGCCACUUAGUCUCUAUUAUCAAGGCAACAAUGUAUCUGCAAUGAAGACAAUGCAUAGAGUUAAUGUAGGUGGCCAAAGAAUACCUCCCAAUGAAGACACCGGGAUGUCCCGCAGUAGGGCAAUGGAUUCAAGUUACAUCUUUGGAGAAGCUUUUGGAGUGGAGAAUUAUAAAUUUGAUGCUUCUAUCACAUACCCCAAAGAAGUACCAGCAUACAUUGCACCUCAAGGAGUAUAUGAAACAGCCCGUUCAAUAGGUUCGGUUCCUGAGAUCAACAUUAACUACAAUUUAAGUUGGACUUUCCCUCUUGACCCUAGUUUCUCGUAUCUUAUCAGGCUUCAUCUCUGUGACAUUUCAAGGAACAUAGCAAAGACAAACCAAAGGGCAUUCGAUAUAUUCAUCAACAAUCAAGUUAUCGAAAGAGGAAUCGACAUCAUUGCAUUGACAUAUGGCAAUGAUAUUCCUUUAUAUCGGGACUUUACCAUUUUGAUUCCUAAUCUAAUUAUGAAGCAUGACCUAUGGCUGAAGUUACACCCAAACCUCCAAAGAAAGCCUCAAUACCAUGAUGCCAUCUUAAAUGGAGCGGAGAUUUUCAAAGUGAGCAAUAUUGAUGGAAACCUUGCUGGACUCAAUCCUUCACUCAAGAAUGAAUCUAGCGUUGAUGGUGAUGAGCCAUCUUUCAGUUCAAGUUCAUCGAGAACUUCAACCGAAGCAAUACUUAUCAUCAUUGGCAGCUUCCUUAUUCUUGUCCUUGCAAUAUCCCUUGGCGUUUACUUGGUUGCUUUCCUGCGUAGGAGAAACUUAGAAUGGACAAAGAAGGAGAAUACUAGAAUCACCAUCAACCGAUUGAUUCAGGCAAUACCAAAACAAGAGUUGUAUAUAUUUAAUGUAGAGAUAAGAAUACAUCAUCAUGUUCGCCAUCAAAAUCUCGUUCAGUUGAUUGGUUAUUGCAAGGAAGAACAUGAGCGUGUUGAAGUUGGCAUGUAUGCAACAGAUAAAGCAACCAAGGGCAGAGCAUGCAACAUAAGUUAUGCGGAUAAAGCCCGACACUAUCUCCACUCUGCUAUGGCAUAUCCCAUAAUCCAUGGUGACAUCAAGACCACCAACAUCUAUUUAGAUAGGAACUGGAUGCCAAAAGUUUCAGGUUUUAUGCCAUCGAGAUUAGCCUUGGCAAUGUCAUCCAAUAGCUGUAUUAGACCCAACAUGAAGGGCUCCACUGGAUACCUGGAUCCUGAGCAUUACUGGCUUCAAAAUCUAACAGAAAAAUCUGAUGUGUUUUCAUUUGGAGUGGUGCUGCUGGAAAUACUUUCUGGAUAG